AUGACGUCUGAGAAGUCUAACAACAAAAUUGAUUUAUUAUCCGGAACAGAAGAUUUACUUCAUAAUAUAAAUAUUGGAAAUACGAUUUUGAAAGCAUUCGAAUCUAAACCGAAUUUUGUCGGUCAGAUAGAUGCAAUGACGGAAGAGCAAACUACAUAUCAGCAGAUGCGGGAGAACAGUGUUAAAUGUGCAUUAUGGUUCAAACAAUUACGCUGUAAAAAAAACAUAAUAGCAAUAUGCACACGUCAUAAAAUGCUCGAAUAUAUACCAUUUCUAGCGAGUUUAUAUGUCGGGGCUAUUAUUAAUCCAUGGGACAAAAAGUAUAUGGAAGAUGACGUACGUAUUAUGUACUUUCUGUUCAUAUAUAAACCAGAUAUUAUCUUUAUCGAUAGUGACAAUUACGAGUUCUUCACAUCGACUAUUAAAAGAAACAAAAUAAAUAUAGACCCAAAAAUCAUUACUUUUGAUAGAAUUGAAGGUGUCGAUUCUCUUGAAUCAAUUCUGAAUAAUGAUUUUGAUAAGACCAAAAUUGAUAGCUUUUCCUGCGUGAAUAUAAAACCAAUGGAUACUAUAGCGAUAAUGUUUUCUCACAGUGCAACUGGAUAUUUUGAUAGUAAAAUAUCUAUUCCUUAUGUUGCACUUACGUAUCCGUCGAACCAGGAGGUACCCGUAAUGUUUUCUGGUGACAUUGGUCUAUGGUAUGCAUCUUUAAAUUGGGGUUACGGUGUGAUCUUGACCGUUCGUUGUAUACUUUCGUAUGUGACAGUAAUCAAGUGUCCAACAUUCACAGAUAAAACCAUGUACGAAACGAUAGAGAAAUAUAAGAUUUCAUGGUUAUUUCUUGAAAACAAAAUGUGCAACAAAAAUAUGUUUUGUACCGAUAUCCGUAUGUAUGAUAUCUCUUCCUUGAAGGAAUUGGUAAUCGAUGAUUCAACCAUGAAUUUCAGUGACGCCCAAGAAGAACUCCGCGAUAAAUUUAUAAACGUUCCUAUCGUUCAAGUAUACAGUAUAACAAAAAUAUGCAUAAUUGCGGCUUACCAACGAGGUUAUCCGCAGCUCGGAUCUAGCGGUUAUGUAGCCAAAAAUGUUCAAUUACAUUUUACCAAUAUGCAUUCGGAAAAAAUACUUGAUCCAUGCAGAACAGGCAUGAUCUGGUACAAAUUUAUGUUCAAGUGGUGCUCUCCUCAGACGUGUAAAUUGCAAAAUUGUUACAACUAUCGAGCAAAAGAGAAUACUAUCGAGCAUAUAAAAUCAAGCCUCAUAAAAUACUUAAUAUAAUAUUACAUGUUUUCAGCUAGUGAAAAAUGGGAUUAUACCGGAGAUUAUGGUUAUUAUAAUAGAGAUGGCGAAAUCUUCGUCAUCGAUAAAGUAAAGGAUCUUAUUAAAUAUAGAAUAUUCUAUCUUUCACCUACAAGAAUUGAGAAUAUGUUACUACGACAUCCAGCAGUGUCAGGAGUCGCUGUAGGAUCUGUGCCACAUAGUACCAAUGGUCAUUGUCCUGUAGCCUAUGUUAAGGAAAAAUGCGGUGUAGAGGUGACGGAAGACGAAUUGAAAGAAUUUGUAGCAGAGAAUUUGCCUGAUAUCUUUAAUCUGCGCGGAGGUCUGCACUUCAAGACAGACAUGCCACUUCUUCCCAAUGGAAAAGUCGAUCGAAUACUAGCUGCUCACGAAGCAUUUAAUUAG